UUUGCCUCCGCCUGCGCAAUCGCCGACUGCUUCGGUCCAUGCGACUGCUCCUCUUAACGUCUGCGCUCGUCGCCGUGGCCAUGGCCGCCGAUACGUCGGCCAGCCUCCUGCCCUACAACGCCCAGGCCGAGAGCGGCUCGUGCCGCAUCACGUCGCCGUCGGGCUCGAAGAGCACCAAGUAUGCGUCGAUCCCGGGCAAGGUCAUGGCCACGUGUGGCCGCUGCGUCCAAGUGACAUGCAAAGACGCUAACUGCAACGCCGGCAGCUCGGUGGUUGCCUACAUUGUCGACACGUCGGCGUCGACCAAUAUCGGCCUCUCGCCCAGCGCGAUGCAGGCGCUGACCUCCAACACGGUCAACAACCCGCUCUCGGUGACGUACAAGCUCGUGACGUGCCCGAAUGAGUUUGUGCCAGGUAACAUUCAAGUGUGCACGCAAGAAGGCGCGGGCAACUCGUACCUCCCGCUGCAGUUUACCGACGCAUACCGCGUCGUCACGGGUGCGUCCAUCAACGGCGUGCCCAUGUCGCCGUCGGACGCCGGUUUCUACUACAUCGACAAGACGAGCCGAAGCGACUUUAACAACAUCCCGAUCACGCUCUCGUCGGGCACGGUCACCGUCUCGGGCACGGUCUCGUUCCCGGCGUCGGCGUCGACGACGCGGACCUGCGCCGAUCUGGGUGCGCAGUUUACAGUGCCCACCGACAGCGCCGGGUCGAGCGCAGACCCGGCCGAUGGCUCCAAGCCGGGCACCUCGGGCUCUAGCUCGGGCUCGUCGUCGCUUGUCGUGCCCAUCGUGUGUGGUGUGGCCGGUCUGCUCGUCGUCAUUGGUAUCGUCGUGUGUGUGAUUCGCCGCCGCCGCGCCAAGGACGACGACGAAAUGGACAAUUACGAAAAUGGCCUGGGCACGGACCACUCGGUCGUGCACAAAGACCACGGUCCGGUCAAGAAGGACCCGACGCCGCCGCCGCCGCCGCAAGGUCCUAUUGUGCCGCCCUCGACGACCAACGACUUUCCCGCCUCGACGACGGCGGCCUAUGCACGCAUGGACUCGGACCCGCCGGCGCCCAUGCCCACGUACACGCCGACGCCGGCCUACACGCCGACCCAAGUCCCAGUGCAGUCGCCGCAGCCCGUGUACGCUGCACCGUCCCCGGCUUACGUGGCGUCCUCGCAGCCCACGUAUGUCGCCGCACCAGCCUUUGUCCCGCCGCCGCAGCCAACGUUUACGCCGCCCGUCGUCCAGGAACGUCAGCCCUCGCUGCACUCGAAGGCGGCGGCGCGCGCGUCGCAGACGGCCGUCACGUCGCCGGGCCCGCAGUCGUAUUCGGAGAUGUUCAACGACCGCGGCACGUACGUCCGUCCGAGCGCCCGGGACGAGCGCAAGAGCUUUGACAUCGACGAGGAGCGCGACGACGACGCUCCGGUGCCGCCGACCAACCCGCACUUUGACCCGAACGUGCUCACGUCGCCAGAGAGCUAUGUGCGGGCGACGCAGAUGCCGCGCAAUGCGCGUCCGCAGGCGCCGACGUUUAACGCGCCGGAGCGCCCGUCGACGCACGAGAUGCGUCCGUCGUCGUCGUCGACGGGGGCGGGCUACUCGCGGGACUCGCUCAACUUGCUCGACUACUCGCGCAACAAGAAGCAGGGGUCGUCGGCCGUCCAGUUUUAGGCUUUUGUUGUUGUUAGACCCCUCUCAUUUUUAUCUUCCAUGUUGCCUCUAUUAUCAAGUCCCAGGGCCGACGGAAUUGCAACAUACGCUUCUUGAACUAAAUUGCACACAUUGUUUCACAAAAUAUUGUUGUUUUCUGC